GCGGUCGCGGCGGCUGCUUCUCACUGUCUGUCUUUUCUCUGGCCGGGCUGGCGGCGGCCGCGGCCGGGAGAACUUUUAUUACUUAGAAGAAGCAGACAGCACACCAGAACAAAUGUGGAUCCGUUUUUGAGUGUUCCCCCUCCCGCAGCUUGAGAAGGCUGUGUGGGCAAAGAGAUUGUUGGAACAGGACUACUGAGCAGAAACAGGCAUUGCAUCUACAGUUGUCAUUGAUUUUGCCAUCAGAUUGGAGAAGUCUAACUUGAAGAAACUUCCAGCCUGCAGUGAGGUGGUGAGGUAUAUAAACUCACAUAAUAAAAGUCAUGGGCUUCAACCUGACUUUCCACCUUUCCUACAGAGUCCGAUUACUGCUCCUUUUUACCAUAUGCCUGACGGUGGUUGGGUGGGCCACCAGUAACUACUUUGUGGAUGCUAUUCAAGAGAUUCCUAAAGCAAGGGAUUUCGUGGCUAACUUCAACAAAGCCACAGUUUUGGACAAAGAAGAAACUCUGACUAAUAAAGCACCUGUGAAAAAAGCAGAAGUCAGAAACUGCCCUCCUAGGUCUCCAUACCUCAUAGGCCGGAGCAAGCUCGUUUUCAGAGCAGAUCUCACUUUGGAAGAAGUACAGGCAGAAAAUCCCAGAGUGCACAGGGGCCGGUAUCACCCUGAGGAGUGUAAGGCUUUGCAGCGGGUCGCCAUCCUUAUUCCACACCGCACCAGGGAGAAACACCUGCUGUACCUGCUGGAGCAUCUCCAUCCCUUCCUGCAGAGGCAGCAGAUGGAUUAUGGCAUCUAUGUCGUCCACCAGGCUGGAAAUAAAAAGUUUAAUCGAGCCAAGCUCAUGAAUGUGGGCUAUCUAGAAGCUCUCAAAGAAGAAAAUUGGGACUGCUUUAUAUUCCACGAUGUGGACCUGGUGCCUGAGCAUGACUUUAACCUUUACAAGUGUGAGGAUCAGCCAAAGCAUCUGGUGGUUGGCAGGAACAGCACUGGGUACAGGUUACGUUACAAAGGAUAUUUUGGGGGUGUUACUGCCCUAACCAGAGAGCAGUUUUUCAAGGUGAAUGGAUUCUCUAACAACUACUGGGGAUGGGGAGGCGAAGACGAUGACCUCAGACUCAGGGUUGAGCUCCAUAGAAUGAAAAUAUUCCGGCCGGGACCCGAAGUAGGCAAAUAUACAAUGAUUUCCCACACUAGAGACAGAGGCAAUGAGGUGAAUAUAGAAAGGAUGAAGCUCUUACAUCAAGUGUCACGAGUUUGGAAAACAGAUGGGCUGACUAGUUGUUCUUAUAAAUUACUGUCUGUGGAACACAAUCCUUUAUAUAUCAACAUCACAGUGGAUUUCUGGUCUAGUCCAUGACCUAGGAUCUUUUGAUGAUCUUUAGAAGAACUGAAUAUUUGAUUGCAAUAAUUUUGACGUAGGGACUUCCCCAAGUAGCACCCAUUAAGAACUUGUUGCAGCUAAUUGUUGGGCUGAAUUUCCCUUUUUGAUAUUUUCUUAGGAAAGCUCUUGGUGAUAGAGAAUGUGAAAUAGUUGUAACAAGACUGCUUUCUUAGUUGUUUUGAUCGCAAGGGUUAUAUAUUGUAAUAUAGAUACUUGAAGAACUAAAUAUAAAAGGACUACUCAAAGGAAAUAAUGAAGGUGACCUGAGAACUCUGGUUGAAGGCGAUUUGUUUACAUUUUAAGUGACACUUUCUGGGGUAAAAGGCCUUAGGAAAUAACAUGGCUGACUGUCCCAGAGAACUGGAAUCGUUCUUGUCCGAGAUAGAAAGGUACGGAGAUGUAUUUUUGUUUCUUGUUUAUCCGGCAUGGUCAUCUGGUGGAUCCUGGGUGGGAAGAAGAGAGGAAAGGUGAAGAAUCAAGAUGCAAUGAGCUUGGUAAUGAAGAGGUGGCAGGAGGACAGAGUGUCAGAUGAAGAGGUGGCAGCGGUUGUGCUGGUUGCUGCUGCUGUAACUCUGCAGUGGGUGCCACCCUCCCAGAUAUGCCUUCUAGUAAGAGCCCAGCAGAGAGCACAUUAUCUGCUAGUUUUUUAAGCGUUUUUGUAAAAUGAUUUUGUACAUGUAGGAUAUGAAUUAGCACUUUAAAAAUUACAUGUUAACUAAUA